GUCAGAGUGGGUCAAGAGGAGGCUCCAAACCGGUUGGCCCCAAAAAUCUGGAUGAUUUUGGCUCAAGAAAAGGGAAAGGGAAACUAUUCGGCGGCUAGUUGGCCGAUAAAUGGCAUCGGCUUUGGACCAACGUCGUGAGUGUUGUUUUGAUUUCCUAUUGUUGACUAUCUGUAAGAUUGGCUGAAACUGCUACGGACGACACAAGAGCGAAGACGAACGCACCACGUGUGACUCAUUACAAAUGCCAAUCACGAGCCAAACUCGAAAACUUGUUUCAGCCGGACCAAGAGAAGUGCACUUAAAAGAAAUCCCACUCGAAGUAAAAGUGGCUUUUAUUACCAAUUUCUUUCUCUGUUGGGGGAGACUCUUUAAGCUGCUUGCGAAUGGAGCCCAUCGAGCAGUAGUCGAUCAGCUGGCGGCGAUGAGCGACACCGCGAAAUGCAUUCGCUGUGCCCCCGGCUCAUUUUGUGAGAUCUCCACCCCGCUCCCCACCAGUCCCCCAGUCCCGGAGCAUCGGCAAAUGCCAGCUGGUGUGCUGGUUACUUGUUGCCUGGAACACACCCGCAAUGUAUCGCAACGUACUGUGCCUGGCUCUGGGCCUGAUCAUCGGCAUUCGGCUGACGGAUUUCUUCGAGUAUCUGCAGUUGACCGAAACGCACUUUGGCAGCACGGCGAUAACGCAGCUCGAGGAUGAGGCCACGCCCCAGCAGCCGACGGAGGAGGAGCUGGCCCGCUGGCUAUACAACGAGACGCGGGUUCUUUGCAUGGUGCUGACCAUGCCGAAGAACCACCAGUCAAGGGUCAAGAGGGUAAAGGCCACGUGGGGCAGGCGCUGCAACAAGCUGAUCUUUAUCAGCAGCCAAGAGGAUAGUGAACUGGGCGCCAUCGAUGUGGGCGUCCCCGAGGACCGAAACAAUUUGUACCUAAAGAUGAGGAAGGCCCUGGAGUAUGUGUACCAGAAUUUUGUAGAGGACUACGACUGGUUCCUCAAGGCAGACGAUGACACCUUUGUGAUAAUGGAAAACCUGCGGUUCCUGCUCUAUCCCUACGAUCCCGAGGCAGCUCUGUACUUCGGCCACAGAUUCCGAACUACCUAUCCACAGGGCUACAUGUCCGGAGGAGCUGGCUACGUGAUGAGUCGGGAUGCCCUGCGUCGGCUCAACCUCUUUGCCUUCAACAACAGCCAGUUCUGUCCGAUUAACAACUUGUCAGAGGACAGACAGAUUGGCUUCUGUCUGCAGAAUGUGGGCGUGGUGGCUGGGGACUCCCGCGAUGAGGAGGGUCGGGAGCGAUUUUUGCCCAUGUCCCUCAAAUUUAUGCUGCCCAACUUUCCCACCACUAACUGGCUUAUCAAACUGACCUUUUAUGAGCCAGCCAAUGAAACUGGUUCGACCUCGGGGAUUAGCUUCCAUUAUGUCAAGAACCACGAGUUCGAAAUGUAUGAGUUUCUGCUCUAUAGACUGCGCGUUUUUGGAACCCCCUUAUCCCAGAGGUCGCUGCCGCCCAGAUUGGAUCCCAAACAACUGCAGAACCAGCUUUAUCACUGGUCCCACGAAAAUAGCACCAAUCCCAACGCCUGGCUAAACUAAGAUUAACAGAACAUUCCUCUAUACCAGUAGGAGAUAUUUAAGACUCAUUUUAGCAGUAAACACAUAGUCCAAUAAAAACAAUUUUAGAAUUUGAUAGCUUAGAGUGGCCAACUAUCUGUUUAAUUUUAAAAGCCAUAUUUUAUUAAUAUAGUUCUACUUAUAGCUCCUUUAAUCUUUAUGCGACCAUUUGUAUUCAUUAUCUCAUUGCAAUUUUUGC